AUUCUCUUUGAUGUUGGACUGGACGUUCACCUCGACGGGAUAAUGCGCCACGCCGACUGCAGUAUCUAUCCUGUAGGUUAACUACAUCGCUGCCCGCGUAUCUAUCUCAUCCAAACUCAUCAUCCACAUCAAUCCCAAUUCCUAGGACUGAUCCUCAACAAACGCAGUCCAAAGACCAUUCAUUCUUUGUUCACGAACGAGAUAACCAGACCUCGAGUUGAUAUCUACCUGCAUGAUCCACUGCUAUUGUACUCGCCAUAUCCCUCCGAAUUUGCGCGGUGGGUUUCCGACCUCUAGCAGCCUCUGUCGAACAACUUUUUUUUCAGCCUUGCGCCUCCGCCUGCGACAGUAUAUUUCGCAGCGCCUUCCGCCAACAUGAGUGGCCCACUAGAGUCUAUCGAGGCGCCUGGGAUAAAGGCAGAAGGAGAUCUGUUAUACACAAUGCGACAGGAGGUUGCGUAUCUCCUUGACAGAAAGAAUUUGAGCUUUCCAGGCGCGCAACCCGUUAGUUUCGCCAGGAGACAUCUAGAAGAGUUGACAAAGCAAGAUUACUAUGUCUGCGAAAAGUCUGAUGGCAUGCGAUACCUCCUCUAUCUCACCAAGGACGACCAUGACGAAGAAAUACAAUACCUCAUCGACCGCAAAAAUGACUACUGGUUCAUUCCCAAGGGCGGAUUACAUUUCCCUGUACCACGAAACGUGGAGGGCUUUCAUGUCAACACUCUUAUCGAUGGCGAGCUCGUGAUGGACAAACUUCCGAAUGGACAAAUGCAACCCAAAUACCUGGUUUUCGACUGCAUGGUGCUAGACGGCAACAGCCUGAUGAACCGCUCCCUCGACAAGCGGAUUGCCUACUUUAAAGAACGGAUCUUUGACCCAUACAAGCAGCUCCUACAGGACUAUCCUGAAGAAAUACCAUUCAUGCACUUCAUAGUUGAGCUCAAACAAAUGCAAUUCAGCUACGCCGUUGAGAUGAUGUUCCGGCAAAUCCUGCCUUCACUACCCCACGGAAAUGAUGGUCUGAUUUUCACAUGCCGAAGCACAGAAUAUAAGCACGGCACCGACCAACACAUCUUGAAGUGGAAGCCAGAAACAGAAAAUAGCAUCGAUUUCCGCCUCUCCCUCCAAUUUCCUCUCGUCCAACCAGACGAAAUUGACAUCGCUGAGGGCAUCACGGAGCCUUACCUCGACUAUGAUGCUAUGCCUAUUUGCAACUUGCUGGUAUAUGCCGGGGACGGUCGAGAAGAUCCCUGGUACGGUACCAUGUAUCUAGAGCCUGAGGAAUGGGAGAGCCUAAAAUCGUUGCAGCAGCCGCUUGAUGACAGGAUAGUGGAGUGUUAUAUGGAUUCACGGAAACGGUGGCGAUAUAUGCGGUUCCGAGACGAUAAGACCACUGCGAAUCAUACAAGUACAGUGGAGAGCGUCAUCGAGAGUAUCACGGAUCGAGUUACAGAGAAAGACCUCAUCGCCGCAGCGAAGGGAAUCCGUGAUGAGUGGAAGAGGAGAGCCGCCGAGGAGCAAGCGAGAGAUAAGAAGGAGAUGGAGAGAAAGAGGUUGGCCAACAAUCCCGGGGCCAUGAAUGGUGGCACGAAGCGAAAGGCCGAUGAACAGGGGAAUGGAAGGCCGAGUCCUGUACCACCUGGUAGACGGGAGUAGCAAGUGAUCUAAACUUGGUUGAUUUUCGGCGUUGGUAUUUCCAGGCCUGGUAUUCGGGAUACUGGUCGCAAUUGGCGUUGUGGACAUGGAAUAGCAGGAAGGUCUCGCCAGACAUGGGAGUUUGAGAAAUACGUGGUUCCUUUGCACUGUACCCGAUUACAUCUUAGCUGCCUUUAACAUAUACCCAGCCAGCUAUUGAGCAUAUCCGAAAAAAAAAAAUCAUUGGCGGCAAAAGAUGCGGAG